AUGCGCAACAGGAUCAUAGCAAAUGUUUCAACUGAAAACUCAUUUGAAACGCUCUCUGAAGACGAAAUCGACACUGACGGUGAAAAUUGCGUGAACAAAUCGGUCAAGUUGAAUCGAAGUUAUCCUGACAUUGAUCCUAAACCAAGUAAAAAUGAUUAUAGUGAUUACAUAUAUACACUGAAAGAGAAAAACAAAGAAUUAGAAAAAAAUUAG